AUCUGCUAACACAGUAACAGGGUGGAUAGGCGAAGCAGUUUGGAGGUGUGUUUUGAGGAAUAUUUUGUGAAACCAGAACGUCGAACACAGUCCAUUGAAAACUAUACUUUCUGACUGUGAGUAGAUAACAUUCUCAACUAUGGGAAUGGCCCGUGUCCGGCUCAUCUUUUCCGUCACUGUGCUUUUACUGCUGUUUCUCAUUUCUCGGAUUUCCAGUGAAGAUGCAUUGAACACCGAAAUUAAUUGCCAUCGUGCUGGGCACAGUGGGAGACGAACGCACAUCACGUGCGAGAUAAUUACUACAACAACAAACACAAUUAAAUUGCUUCGAGAGGGCGUGAAUGUCAUGGAGUGCAGCAUCAAAGAGAAGGUGUGUAGGUCGGUGUUGGGUACCCGUCACUACAGUGCAGAGUUUACCUCGCCCACCAUAAUCACUCUCACUAUCCAUCAUUUCUCUACCGAGCUGGAUGCCGUGCAGUGGGCAUGCACCAAUGGAACAGGCGCAGCAUAUUGUGUUAAACACUACAUAAAACAAGAAGAAAACGUUAGAGCACAAGAAGAAGACGUUAGAGUACAAACAUCACAACCACUACCACCGACGUCCACAGAAGCUGCCUCGGAAAGUCAAGUCAUCACAAAUACACCAGAAAUAACAGACAAAGUACAAGAAUCACUACCACCAAAGUCAACAGAAGCUGCACAAGAACGAAGCACAAAGCCAACAGAAGCUACCUCGGAAACUCCAGUCAUCACAAAUACACCAGAAAUAACAGACAGAGCAGUACAAGCACCACUACCACUACCACCAAAGUUAGCAGAAGCUGCACAAGACCCAAGCACCAAGGCAACAACGGAAGCUACCUCAAAAACUCCAGUCAUCACAAAUACACCAGAAAUAACAGACAGAGGUAAAUGGAUGGUCUUUUUGGAAUGUUGGAAUCGUGGAUUACCUGGAAAUGCAACUAAAUUAUCUUGCAUGAUUUAUCCCAUGGACGCACGCAGGAAUAUAUCUUUGUUUCGACCCGAUGGUAAAGAGUCUGUAGUCUGUGACACCAGAUCAUCUCAGUGUCAUUCCUAUGGGAUGUCAGGACAGUACAGCGCCACCUUGGUGAAGCAUAACACUCUCGCAGUGACCAUGUAUUUGUUCAUCCCCAAGAGGGUUGCAGGAGAGUGGAUAUGUGCCGAUGGAAUAUCAGCACAAGACACAUGUAACAAAGUGGAUGCAGCGACAAGAGAGGUCGUAAGCUAUUCAGGCGGGGCGACGACCUUCAUUGAGUGUCUGGGUGCUGCGUAUGACCACGAACCAGCUAAGUUGACAUGUGUGGUAAUGGGCUUGGUGAGUCAGGGAAUCUCCUGGUACCGACCCAACGGAGGAAUCAGCCAGAAGGUCGCGUUCUGUGACGAGGACGGUAGUGAGUGCCAGCUGCAGGGAUACGGUAACCGCUACGAUGUCCAUUACGACUCGCCCAUGCAGCUGACUCUGACCAUCUUCUCAUUCGACAAAGACACGGAUGCAGGCAAAUGGACUUGUUCUGAUGGGGUACCACAGAGUGAUGUGAUUUCAUCUACUUGUUAUAAACCUCUAAUCAAAUCAAUACCAGGCAGCAAUACAUCUCCUCGCUUACUGUCGCAUACUUCCUUCAUAUUGCAACUUAUUGCUACAUUCUGUACCAUGAUCAUCACCAAGAACCAACUCUGUGAUAUCUUCUAGUUUGUCAGCUGGUUGUCUUCAGAUAGCACAACAGCAUCUCUAACGUGUCUGUCAAUUCUCCAAUCUGGAUUGAACGCCACUGUCCCAACAAUAGUGGCAUCUCUUUGAGACUACUCCAAGAUUUUCUUCUUCAUUUUAGUUCUGGUGACACAUGUCGGGCAACUACUCACAUACUCUAUCAUAUGGCAAUAGUAAUUUUAAAAACUUUAAUAGCUCAGUUGUGUGACAUACUCUAUGUAUAGCAAUAGUAAUUUUAAAAACUUUAAUAGCUCAGUUGUGUGACAUUGUUCCACAUACUCUAUCGUAUGGCAAUAGUAAUUUUAAAAACUUUAAUAGCUCAGUUGUGUGACAUUGUUCCACAUACUCUAUCGUAUGGCAGUAGUAAUUUUAAAAACUUUAAUAGCUAAGUUGUGUGAUAUUGUUCCACAUACUCUAUUGUAUAGCAAUAGUAAUUUUAAAAACUUUAAUAGCUCAAUUGUGUGACAUUGUUUUACAUACUCUAUUAUAUGACAAUAGUAAUUUUAAAAACUUUAUCUUAUAGCAAUAAUUUUCUUUUUAAAACUUGAAUAGCUCGAUCAGCUGUGUGACAUAGUCGCACAUACUCUGUCAUAUAGCAAUAGUAAUUUAUAAAAACUUUAAUAGCUCAGUUGUGUGACAUUGGGUUAUACAAAUCUGGAUAAUGGGGUAAACAAUGUGUGUGUGGGUAUGUAUGUGCGUGGGUGUGGGUGUGGGUGUGGGUGUGUGUGUGUGUGGGUGUGCGUGUUUAUGUAUAUACACUCAAACUUCAUUAUCUGGACCUCUGUAAACUUGAGUACUCAAUAUAUCUCGAGGUCCAAUGCCGGUCCAGACAAUUUUCCUAUGUAAUGUUACAAAACUAAACACUGUUAUCUCGAGCAUGCUAAUCUCGAGUACGAGGCUUAUUUCGAGCAUAUUGUGGUAUCCCUAGGUGCAUUUUCCUGUUGUUUUUUCUUGAAGUAUAUACAACAUUUACACGUAAAAUUACUCUUUUUUAACUUAUAUUUAAGGUAUUAACUUGAUAUGCCAUUUCCUUCUUCUAACUAUGUCAAAAGAAAUUCACACACAAAUAGGGUUAUUUUAAAAUAAAACACGACUAUACUGUUUAGUGUCGUUACGUUAACAAACAUAAAUUUAUGUUUGCGAUAAUUUGCAUCAGCAACUUCUAUGUUUAUCUCGAGCUACCGAUAUCUCGAGAUUGUUGGAUCGGUCCCUUCAACAUCGAGAUAACGAAGUUUGACUGUAUAUGUAUGGGUAUGUAAAGUUAUGUAUGUAUGCAUGCGUGUGUGUAUAUGUAUGUAUGUAUGUGUGUGUGUGUAUAUAUAUAU